UGUCUGACUGAUUCUCUCUGCCUGCCUCUCCUCAGACUGACGAUGGCUGAAGCCCAGCUGUGUGGAUUACAAGACGAGAUCACCUGCUCGCUGUGUCUGGACACUCUGACUGACCCCGUCACCAUCCCCUGUGGUCAUAAUUUCUGUCUGAAGUGCCUCACGGACUGCUGGGAAAAGAGCCAAGAGAGCAGCUGUCCUCAGUGCAGACACACCUUCACCACAAAGCCUGAGCUGAACAGAAACACUCUGCUGAAUGAAGUCAUCAAGAAAUUAAAGAAGACGACUCUCAGUUCUCCUCCUCCUCAGAAUUAUGCCGGCCCUGGAGACGUGGAGUGUGACUUCUGUACUGGUAAGAAGUUCAGAGCGGUGAAGUCCUGUCUCACCUGCAUGGCCUCCUACUGUCAGACUCACCUGCAGCCUCACUAUGAAGUAGCGACCCUGAAGCACCACAAGCUAGCUGAUCCUGAUAGAAAUCUGAAG